GAGCAAAGUCAGCAGUGCAGAGUCUGCUCAAUCGCUGGUACUGCAAUUUUCCAGCAGAUGACAAUAGGUGCCAUAAUUAGCUCCUCACUUCCAUUUUGGAGAUAAUCAACGUCACUCCAAAUAGCGACGCUACUGUAAUGGCCAGAGCGGAGUUUUUGAGUCAAGUUUCUCUGCUAAAAGUAUUUCUUUCUUCUUAGGCAGUGGCCAUCGAACAAAACAUCCAAAAGGAGCAGUGUUGUAAUUUAUCUGAUACGUAGAGUAUCCGUCGUGCGUGCAAACAGCCUCUCAUCUUCAGGAAGAUUACAAGUUUCCUAAAGUUGAUGAGGAAGAAGCGAGAAGUUACAGUGCGAACGAAUAUCACUACGGUAGUUAUUGAAUUCUGGAUAUAGUGACAUUUCCUGGACUUUAUGCUAACUUUUAUAAGAGAUUAAUAAUCAUUUAGUAGAGCUGGUGAUGAAAAGGACUUGAGCAAAGAAGAAGAGGAAAUACGAAAGAUAAUAUUGUGUUAGUAUAAACAUGAAUAAGAUGAAUAUGAACUCGGUUUGGGUGGUGGUUGCCCUGACGCUGUCUGGCAUCCAGCAAAGCUUCGCCCCACCCGUCCAAAGAGCGCCCUCUUUCCUGGAAUCCGGGAAAUGUGCUUCCUUUUCUCUCAUUGACAACUUCCAGGUUCAUCGGUAUCUCGGACGUUGGUAUCACACGUGGGGUGUCCCUAGUGCCUACGUAAAAGCUCAAAGGUGUGCCGUCGAUACAAUAACCCUCCCAGGGAGUAAAAUGAAAGUCGUAACUACGGGAUUCACUAGUGGGGGCAGCCGUGCAAGGACGCAGGCGAAGCUGAAUUAUGUCAAGCCGAAAAGGGAUCACAAGAAGCCAUACAUGCAACUGGAGGCUACUUCGGUGCCUGCUGUUCCAUAUGUCAUAAUGGACACCGACUACACAAGUUAUUCCUGCAUCUUCUCGUGUUACAAUAUAAUAGGCCUAAAGGUUGAGCUCUAUUGGAUUUACUCAAGAACUCCAGAAUUACCACCGAAAGCUCAGCAAAAGUGCUUCUCGUUGUUUGAGUCGAAAGGACUCAACCUAACCAGAAUGGUUAAAAACAAUCACGACGGUUGCAAUCAUUCACCCGUGAAUCUCUUACACAAUGACACCGACAUUACUAACGGGUUUCUUCUAGACAGUGAAUCGGAGUUAGGCCAAGUCGGUUACGACGACGAUGAUGACGUUCACGAGGCAAGAGUUCAAGCUACCUACUCUGACGACGAAGAUGACACGGAAGGGGAAGAGGGCUCAGGAGACAGCCCCCACUGGUCGUCAAGCAGUCGUGAUUCGCACCACCGUCACCAUCAUGGCCACAAAGAUAGAAUGUCCACUGCCCUUGAGGAGGCUAUACUGAUAGAAGAGGGAAAAACGGCCAAUACAGCCUUCGUUGACACUAAGAAAGUCGAUGGAUCUACUGUCCCGGAGGGAAAGCCUUCUUCAGGGAAGGAACCUGACCAUUCACGAAAGCAUGUCCACGACGCCCCGGGAAAUUCAUCUUCCUCUCUGACCUCUGAGUCAUUGUUGGUAACCUUUAUGGCGAUGGUGUUUCUUUCUUGUCUACGCGAGGGGUGUUGACAUAUUCCAAACCCCUUUGCAAGAAAAGACGUUACAAAUAGGACGUGACGUCCUGUGUGAAGCAGCAACGCCUGGGUUUCCUUUCUGUGUUACACAGUCCAGCAGCCUACAUAUUCCAGCCGUUGAUUGUCAUCUUGAGCAAAGUUGGUGUUUGGGUGAGAAUAGAUGCUUUGUCUCAUCGCAAGCACUCCUUAUCCAGAUUACAAGACUUAAUGUUAUCCUUAGACAAAGGGAUUCUUAAAUGUACAAGUAAAAUGUAUGGAUUAUUGUCAUAACUGUAGAUAGCUUGAUAAUGAAAUCAUAGAUAAUAAAAUAGAAUACCGGGGGAACAGGGUCGCAAAGAAAGUGUUUUCGUCUCCAUUGCCUCUCAUGUCAAUUUGAGAUACGCUUGUCUGUCUGCUCGUGUUAGAUUUCAGUAAAAUCAGAAAGAUGCGUAUAAUGUACGUCAACAUCGUAUUUGCUAAGAUUUUUACAAUGCUGUGAAUAUCUCGACACGAAUGAGGUAACCUGUUCAGCUGACGCAAUAAAAGCUUUCAAAGGUAUAUCAAUGAAAACCGUAAUAUUUCUUGCUCAACUUUGUAUUACAGUAUUAAAUUUGUAUUUAUCUGUCAUGACCAUUUUGAUCACCGGUCAAGUUUUUAUCUCUAUUUAAUAUGAUCUUUCAAUAACAAAUACAAUUAGUAUCACGUCACCUCUAAUACGUUUAACUUUGACCUCAAAUCUAGGUAUUUAUCAAGGCCUAAUUCGAAGAUAACUCACCCGACCGGUUUGAUUUCGGUAAAAUUUCUGGAAUUCAUGCUCGGUAAUUCAUUGAUAACGAAAAGGGUAAAAGAUCUUUAAUGGUAAAAUUAUCCUAUACCAUAACUUCUUGCUGUUAGAACUUAAAAUCUAGUCAAUAAAGAGUUCUCUGAAGUAUCUUGCUGCAGUAAAAAAAUUUCUGAUACUAAAACAUUAAUAAAAAAAAGAUUUCACAGUUUCUUAAGUAUAGCUUAAGCAAUUUCUUUCUCCCUAGUGUUGAUGUUACUUCUUUUUUAAUACGUACAAUACUGUUUCCAUUACAGCGCGCGUGUAUUCAGCCCGUCCUUUCAGUCUUUAUAAAGGAACUCCAAUUCUAAAAGUGGCAUAUUGUUUUCGCCAUGAAUUUUCAUUGUUUGCACUAUGCGCGCCAUGGCGUACUGAUAUUAGCAUUUCAGUACAAUCCCCUUCAAGGGCAUUCAAAUCAAAGCAUCGUUAGGGCCACUGUAACUAUGUGGUGCUUGGACUCACUGAGGCAGUUUCAAGUUCAAGCCCCAGUCGUACUUGAUACACUUGGAACACGUCUUACCAUCUUUGUGAUGGUGGGUUUCAAGAGCCACAUGGCUCUGCAGGCCGGGUAGCAAGUGGCUUUCAGCUUAGUGCCCCAGGCCCUAACGACGGAGGAGAGGGUCCUUCGGUCUGAUUAUGUAAGUUUGGCCUCUAGAAUAUUUUGCACCAACACGAUGACUUGCCCCUUUCCAUCUGCUAUUCAUCAGCCACUUUUUAGCUUUUCAACCCUAAUGCUUUCAGAAAGUCCCGCCCGCGCUUCUUUUCGAGGUUAAGUAAGCUAUUUUCUGUAUGCUGAGAAGUCAGUUUCUUUAGUCAGGAAAAAACCGAAUCACUUAUCUUUUGACUAUUUCCAAUUGUUUAUUUUAUGCUCGUAUCCGAGUGUCAUAUUCAAUCUUAACGUGACCUAUGACGCACAUUUCACCCCACGAUCCAAACUUUUGUCGUCAUUAUAAUUGCCUUUUUAUUUAUUACGAUAAUAGGCAGCCGUAAUUAUGCAGAAUUCCAGAAAACGUUCAGAAAUUAUAUUAAUUUGCGAUUAAAAUGUUUGUAACAGUUCAAAGACUUUUGAGAUGCUUUGCUUUUGUGACUGUAAAAUAGAAAAUAUGGUUUUUUUAAGUUUAUAAAUACUUCUUGCACCUCCUACCUCAUUUUAAGAUUAAUAUGUUUUACCUCCAGUUCUGGACUGAACGAGAGAGAGAGAGAGAGAGAGCUAUUUUUCUGUCCAAAUUGUUAUUUUUGGUGCUAAAUGUAUACUACAAUUACGUUUCAGUUUGUUUGGCUUACUGUGACCAUAGAUUAUAAAGAUUUUAAUGUACAAAUUGUUAUAAGCCUAAGUGGUGUCAUGGCAGUGGCCU